CUGAAGAGAUUUUUCCAUAGAAUAAUUCGGAGAAGGAUGCAACUGAAAUUACUUAAGAAUUGUUACUUUUCUUUGUUACAUUUAGUUUUAAGUUUUAAACUUGGAAAAAGUUAAGAAAAUAUACUUGUAGAGAGCAGAAAAUUUACUCGUAGACGCGUAGGACAUAGGUGCUAUUCGCAAGUAACGUGUUAAAAAACUUAGUCCGUUCGCAUAUAGUCGUGCUCAAAAAGCGCGUGCAGGUCUCUGUGCACCCCCUCUGCUGUUCGGGGAAAGCAAAGGGGGCGAAAAUCUCUCAAAAGGGGGAUGAUGUCGUCCGCCCGUGACGUCGGAUUCCUGCCAUUGGCUGCUUAGGCGGGGGUGACGUCAGGCGCUUCAUAAAUAUCAAGCGGUCCCGGAUCCAGUGCGGAGUUGAGUCAGCAAAAGUUUUCAGCCAAGAGAAGAGAGGAGAACUCCACGCUAACAGAAAAUGCUGACUGCUGCGGGACUUUAGCUGCAACCGUGGCGGUUUCUCUUCCCCUUCGCCACGAUGAUUCGAGACCUCUGCUCGUAGUCUGCUUCGAGAGGGACUUUUAUUUUGCUUUUCUCGUGGACUUUUUUUCCCUCUUGUCCCCACACUCCCUGCCUGCUCUUUCUUCUGCCUCUUUACCUCGAGUAUCUGACCCCCAUAUUCGUAGAGGGGGUGGUGGAAAUUUCCCAGAAAAGGGCGAUAUUCAGUGUGGACAGAAAAAUGAAACUGUAUUUGUUGCCCCACUCUACCCCUCGAAGCCGGAGCUCUUAAUUGAGAUUAUAGUCUGCAACCUCCCUUGUGGGGGGAGAAAGCAGAGUUUGAGCGAUCGACGAAAGGAAUCAAUCGAGCAACCCCCUAAUAGGCCUUUCCAUCUUGCUUCCAGUCAAUGCACUGUAAUUUGUGGUAUGAAUCCUUUCUAUUCUGGAUUGAUUGACUUCCCUUGAAAUAAACCGCACUCAAAGACAAAAAAAAAAGAACUAUACGAGUGUGACUAAAUGUGUUUUCAUUGCUGUAUUCCUCGAAAACGAACUAAUCAUUUAUAGAUAUUUUAUUAAAACCUGGUUUAUUCGUGCCGCUGCAUAAUGGGCAUCUAUCACUUGAAAUCUUACCAGUCUCUUCUUGGCAGUUCAGGACACUUUCAGAAGGAACUUUCAAUGCCUCCUUUCCUUGGACAUAUUAGCAUCAUAAUUUACUUUACACCAGUAUAUUUACGCAAAAGGAAAGAGCAAUAAUUGACGUUUAUUUUAAUUUUCAAAACAAGCUAUAUCUUUUAGAAAUAGUCAGUAUAAGAAUCAAGUGAAGAUUGUACUUCAUUGACCUGAAGUUAGUUUGAUGCUGAAUGAAGUUGCAUGGAAUGGAAAACACAUCGAAAGAGCACAAAUACAAACUGGGUUUCAUAUUUGAACUUUCAGACUUUUAAAGUUGUAAAAAGGAUUCAGGAGAAUGUCAUGUAUUUCAUAAAUCAAAUUUACAGCUCCAAAGAAGAAAUAUAGCAUUUUGACAUGUUUUGAAUCUAUAAAUUUAACUCGAGAUAAAUUAUGAUAGUUAAUGAAGAUUCUAAGUUUAUAUUUAAGGAAUAACUUUACCUAACAAAGAUUAGACUAAUCUAGUGAAAAGUGAAAUAGCUGAGAAAAAACUAUCUUAUAGCUUCGCAAUAGAUUCAGAAAAUUUCCUUUAAUACAGUUUUUUCCAUUUCCAAAGCCGAAGAAUAAAACGUAAAGAACAAAUAAAUCCUUUUCACUGAAUAGUAUUGCAUUCACAUAAAACAAUGAAUAGGAAGGUUUAGAAAGGGAGGCAUCUUCGGUUUAUCAUUCUCAUUUGCCUCCGUUGAUACCGACUACCUCCGGCAGAAGAGACUGCCGGCACCUUCCGUCGCCGAGGCCGGCCGGCUGUUCUUUCGACUACGGACGGGGUUUGGGGUCCCCCGGACCCGACGGGGCCGCCCUGCGCUGCUCAUUUCACCAUGAUGGAAGGAACAUCAGAGACCAUCCCGGCCGUCGAUUACGUCCAUGAGUUCGAUCUUGAACAUUUGGAAGAAGUUGUGAAACAGGAGAUGCAUAGGGCUAAGUAUUCUGCAGGUGGAGCUCUUACAUCAUGUGCAACUCCUCAUAAUAAUAUGGGGGGCCAAAAUUUAGGAGAUCAACCUCAGCAUCACCACCACACCCAUAAUACGCACCCUCAUCAUCAUCAGAAUGGAGUUUAUGGAAUGAAUGGAGUAAUGGGAACAUGUCCUAGAAAACCUGUAGCUUUAUCAGCCGCAACUCCUCCAGAUACUCCUCCUUGUCACGGUAUGCCACCAUCUCCAGCUUUUGUGCCACCAGGGGCCACUCAAGGACCUGUCAUAGACGAUGGUAUGCUAUGGCUAACGCAAAACCUACGCUAUGGUUCUGCAAAUGGAUCUCAAGAUGGACCAUUGGAUUUAAGGCCGCCCCAGUGUGCUGCUGAUAUGGAAGCUUGGCUCAUAGCAGGUGGGGGAGGAAGGAGAGAUUAUCCGGAAGUCCAGGGCGUACCACCUACUCCUAGAGGAGGACCCAACCAUCACUUAGAUCAUUCUCACCAUCACCUGAUGAAUGCCACUAAUAGCAACAGCAACAGCAGUAGCGGAAGCGGUAGUGGUUGUAGCUCCGUGACAUCGUCUACCGUGGUCAAUUCUGUCUGCACGCGAGGUGGACAAGGGGGAGCCAGCGACAUUCUUAACGACGACCAGCUCAUCUCGCUGACUGUCCGGGAGCUCAACAAGAGACUGCAUGGUUAUCCUCGUGAGGAAGUUGUCCGGAUGAAACAGAAACGUCGAACCCUGAAAAAUAGGGGCUACGCCCAAAACUGUCGCACUAAACGACUCGCACAGAGACAUGAACUUGAGUCUCGUAACAGAAUGUUGCAAGGAGAAAUGACCAGGUUGAGGCAAGAGUUAGAAAGGGCCUGUCAGGAACGGGAUUUCUAUAGGCAGCAAUUACAUGCUCUCAGGGACUGUACUGGUGAUCCUAGAUCUAUGUCUAGUGUUUCUAGUGGAGGAGGAGCCAGCAAUCCGAGUUCUCCAGAAUUUUACCUUUGACGCCGAAAUGCAAUGUAUUUUAACAGGUUAUCUGAAGUAUGAAAUGCAGUUUGGUAAGUAAGGAACUUGAAGAAUUUUUUCCCAUAGUCUGGGUGUCAGAAAAAUUUCACGUACGAAAAUUCCUCGUACGUCUUGCAAGCUAAUCUUUUAUUGAUUGGCAAUUUAAGUGACUUGCAUAAGGAUCUUUUAACUUAAAAUAUUUUGAUUUUCAGUGUCAAAGCCAUGUUCAAGAAGGCUUUGAAAACAAACUAAAUACCAUGAUUAAUCUAAGAAUAAUAUCAUACUUAUGUUUAAUUGUGAUCUAUAAUUUAAAAUAAAAGUUUAUUGGAAUUCAAUAUAUUAAGAACGUAAAUAUAGCAAUUAAAAGCAAUUAAGUCAAUCACAGUUAAAAAUUUAUGUUUGCAUUUGGUUAAUUUAUACAUCAGAGUAAUGAGAUUUAAUCAUUACUUUCAAAUAUAAUUAAAAAUAUGUAAAUAAUUGCAUAAAUUCCAAAAUGAUUUUUACUCACUUGAUAAAGAAUUAAUAACAAAGAAAUAACAUUAACAAAACCAAAAUUAGAAUU